AACAGAGAAGAUAAUGAAUGGUAGUACUGGAGACAUAGCCGACGAUUUCUACCACAGAUUCAAGGAGGACAUUCAACUGAUGAAGACGAUUGGUUUGGACUCCUUCAGAUUUUCCAUCUCCUGGACCCGAAUCUUCCCAAACGGCAAGCUCACCGGAGGAGUGAACCAACUUGGCGUCAAGUUCUACAACGACCUCAUCAAUGAACUUCUCUCCAACGGUAUAAAACCAUUUGUUACGCUCCUCCACUUCGACCCACCCCAAGCUCUGGAGGAUGAAUACGGUGGCCCUUUAAGCCCUAGAUUCGUGAACGAUUUUGUUGCAUACGCGGACUUCUGCUUCGAGACAUUCGGAGACAGGGUGAAGAAAUGGGUGACCAUCAACGAGCCGAACAUGUACGCCAUGCGAGCCUACGACUUCGGCUCGUUCGCACCCGGCCGGUGCUCCCAAUGGAUGGGGACCACCACCGGCUGCGCGGUCCCCCGGGGCGACUCGUCCACCGAGCCGUACGUGGCGGGCCACCACUUCCUGCUAAGCCACGCAAAGAUUGUGAAACUGUACCGGAAGAAAUACAAGGAGAAACAAAAGGGAGAGAUUGGUAUCACGACGACCACCCACUGGUUCGAGCCCAAGUACCGCGCCCUGCCCUCGAGCCAACUGGCGGCUCGGAGGGUGCUGGACUUCAUGUUCGGGUGGUUCGCCCACCCGAUCGCGCACGGGGAGUACCCCGAGAGCAUGCGGUCCCUCGUGGGGGACCGGCUCCCGAGGUUCACCGAGGAACAAGCAGACUUGGUGAAAGGGUCCAUUGAUUUCUUGGGAGUGAAUUACUACACCAUGUAUUAUGCCGAGGACGCGCCCUCGACGGCUCGAAUUUUCGCGGCGACCAAUCCUAGCUAUUCUACGGAUAGUCGUGCCAUUCAAUCCACUGAAAAGGACGGCGUCCCAAUAGGCACUCCGACUGCUGUAGAUUGGCUGUUCAUAUGCCCAAAGGGAUUCAAGAAGCUUUUGCUCCAUAUCAAGAACAAGUACAAUAAUCUACCAGUUUAUAUCACUGAGAAUGGAAUGACUGACCAAAGUUCAUUGUCGUUGGAAAUGGCGCUCAAUGAUACUCUCAGAAUAAAGUACCACAAUGAACAUCUUCUCUUUGUUGAGUGCGGUUGUAGGGGCGGGGCCAACGUGAAGGGUUACUACAUGUGGUGCUUCUUUGAUGACUUCGAGUGGAAUGGCGGUUACACGGUGCGUUUUGGGAUGACUUACGUGGAUUUUAACGACAAUUUGAAGAGGUAUCUCAAGGCUUCCGCGUAUUGGUUCAAAAACUUCCUUGCCCCACCACCGUCAACUCUCCAAAGUGAAAUGUAG